AUGCCGGGGAUUAUGAUAACAGUCGCUUUUGAGCCACUGCUCCUCCACCUCCAGUAUUUGAGUUCAAGUCCAUAUAUGGCGGACAAAGAGCCACGCGUGGCCACCAAUGAGGGCACAGUUGCGAGCAUGGGUAGAGGGGGUAACCCUCACCACCUCAAAGACGAGUUCAGGAUGACUUGUGCUGUGGCAGAUUCAAGUUUAUUCGGCAAAAUGUUCCAAGACAGGUUUGGAAAAUAG